AUGGCAGGAAUUAAGUUUAUGAUCCUGGCAGCUGCAAUGGCAGCCAUGGUAGUGAUAACUCAGGCCACCAUCAUAACAACCGAGGUCGAAAUCAACGAUGAUUCAAACCCGAUCCCGAUAUUUCACCGGGGCAAAUGUGACCGUCAGUUACAGAGUCAGUGGCCUAACCAUUGUGAGGAGUACAUGAUGGAAGAAAUGAUGGGUAUGAGGCCAAACCAAGGAAGGGGAUACUUCAAUCAGUGUUGCAAUGAACUAAGAAUGAUGGAUAGGGAAUGUCAGUGUGAAGCCAUGAAGAAAAUGGUGCAGCAAAUGGAGAAGAGUGAGCGUGAGUAG